CCACUACAUAAGAGCAACUUGAGCGCCUUCGCUAGCGACACUGCUUGUCCAGAGUUAAGUGCAACUUACUUUAUUUGCGUUAUUAUUACUAAGCCCAUUUCUACAAUUACAUUAAGCAAGUAUGGCGACAGCGUAAAAACGCAUCUUCCCUGGAUAGCAAAAAUUGGCAGAACAGCUCCGUGUCGUUAUUUAUGUUCCCGAGCGCCGGUUAGCUUGCGAGCUAGCUGUCGGCUAAGCGCCUCCCGCAACGACCCGGUGGGAUAUAACAUAAUAUAAAAUAAUAUAAUAUAAGAGGCUUUAAGCGGCUAAAAGUGCGUCUACUUUUUUUGGGGGUGGGUUCUUCGGCCAAAUUAGCCCCUUUUUACACUGUCUGUAAAACUUUCCUGACUUUUGCCCCUUUGUUGCUGUAUUGUCGCGACUGCACUGACACAGACUGGUUGAAGUCAAAGCGGCAAUGUUAUGUUCCCAGGAAGCCAAUUUCACAUUGCAAAAGAAAAAGAAAGUCAUCGCUCCACCCAUAGUCCAUGUAACAGUUUUGCAUUAAGAGCACGGGGACACAGAAUGGAGGGAGGGGGUUGACCUUCUGAUGUAGCAUCCUUUCUCAAUGCCCGUAAAAGAGAGGAUUUUCACGGCCAGGGGUCUCAAACUCAAAUUCACGGUGGGCCAAAAUUUUAAAUCGGCACAACGCCGAGCGCCAAACUCAAUAUUUAAUGAAAAAUCACUGCGAUGUGCAUGUUUCUCUUCUCUGCAGAAAUGUAGCGUUAAAGUUUAUCGUAUGACAACAAACGUACAUUUUGCUUCAACACCGACUCCGCCCAGACGCCGACCAAAUAAAUUCCAUCGUGGGCCAAAUUUGGCCCCCGGGCCUGAGUUUGACAUAUGUGAUGUAAAAGUGUCCACGGUUGACGUAAUAACGCCGAAAACCUAGAAAGUGACACUCACCUCGUAUCGUAGAUGGCGUGCAGCUUUUUGUUCCCAUCAACGGCGUUCCUGUAAAUAAAAUCAAAAUACAGUUGGAGCCCAUUAACAAACACACCCAAUACGGACAGUCGGGGUCGAAACCGUCUCGUCGAUGGGUCAGUUUUUACCACCGAUGAUUGUAGCUUGAAGACGAUUAAUCGGCAAUCGCAUGUUUUGGCAUGAACAGCGCGUCUUCAGGCGGUCGGUCGGUGCAGUGGCGGUUCGAGACCACUUUUACUGGGGCCAUGGGCUUUGUCAUGGCGGGGUACCGUUUUAAACAUGCGCACGCGCGCACACACACACACACACAGUCCAAAUCGAUUUAUUCAUGGGACGUUUUAAUUGAAUGAGUUCAUUGUACUUUUACAUUCUUUCUGAAGCUAGACAUCUUCUAUGCAUCUCAUAUUCCCGCUUUGAUUGGCAGCAAAGGGCGGUGGAGAGGAAUAUGCAACAUUUCAGCAACACCUUUUUUAUAUUAGGCUGCUGUUGCAAGUUGGCUAACAACAGUUCUACAAGCCGAAAUCCUCACAUCAGCGAAUACAACGAUUUGAGACGAAAGCUCGACAACGACAACAAAAAUAUCGAUUGUCAUCGAUUAAUCGACGUCGACUCGACUGGCUUUAACUUAGCGUCGACUGCGAAAAAGUUGAAGUCGUUCAACCCCUGCAGACUAGUAAUGUUGUGCGGUACAACGUCUUGUUAGAAGUGUUCACUGCCGUGGACGUUUAUAUUUGUCAAUUAAAAAACAACACUUCACUGCCACCGGCGAAUAUAUUCGUCAAAUACGUUUUUCUACGGGCAGGCAUCGAAGAGGGUUUCUCCUAACUUGUCUGGGAAAUUCCAGCUUCUUCAUAACUGUAACGACAAACAGACGCCGGUAGAUGCCGGCGUUGCAUCACUUUGGAUUUGAAAUCAGCACAGCUUUUGAGUCCAAGAUAAAGAUUAGGCGGUGAAUCUUGGCUUGUCACGUCGAAUAUGAGAGAGAAAUGCCAACACGUUGGAGGUCGGGCACACUUUCGGCACCUCGAUCUCGAACAGUACAAUGAGCGUCAAAGUUCCAUAUCUUCUGGACGUUUUCAUAAAAAGCUUGUUGUUCCGCUUUUUUGCAACCCAUUUUCUACCGCUGAAUACGAAAGAACCGAAGAAGGUGGAAACACACUUUUUUUUCAUGGUGAAAGAAGAUUCUAUUGUCACAGAACACAAUAAUAUUCCAUGGGUCUUGGAGGAAAUGCUCUACAACAGUUCGGGGAACUCGGCAGGGAGUUAAUGAGUUAAGAAGAAGAAGGUAGUAGGAUUUCUUGACACGGGAACUUCGACACGUCACCUACCUACAGAGCCUUACCCCGAAGUCGCUAGUAGUAAUGAGCUACAUGGGAUACAUUAGUGGCAAUUAUCCCGAGAAAAUGCGUGUCAGAAGUGGGAUAACAAUAAGAAAUGGAUCCAAUUGCGUUAUCCAAUCACUCUCUCGCUCUUUCUGUCGCCUCCCUCCCACCCUGCCCACAUCUUCGCUCUCCGCCACUGCGCACAUCCACACAGUGCUGCUUCUCGUCCUCUCCUCCUCUCUCAUUCGCCUCCUCAUCUUAUUUUAUGCGUUCCCCCCCACCCCUCUCCUUUUUUUUUUUUCAACGACGGCCAGCAGCAGUAGUGACGCUAUUGUAAUUUCGUCUUUUUUUUGAGGGGGGUACUUUCUCCCACCUCUCCCGCCAGCUCUCCUCCCCUUUCACCAGAACGUUGACGGCAAAUUUGGAGCGCCGCGCCGGGAGAGCGAGGCUGGAGGACGAGAGGCAGUCGUGGUCGUGGUGGUGGCGGUGGUGGUCUCGGUCUUGAAGGAAUGGGCGAUGGAAUGCACCGCGGCUUCGCAAUGAGACACGUGUGGCUCUGCAUCUUGCUCGCUGGCUUCACCUGCCGCCUGAGCCGUCAGCAGGAGGCGACGGGGACGCCCACCGAGGCGGAAUUGAAUAACAACAUCACCGUGUUCACGCGCAUCCUGGACGGACUGCUGGACGGCUACGACAACAGGCUGCGUCCCGGCCUGGGAGAAAAGGUGACGGAGAUCAAAAUCAACAUUUUUGUCACCAGCUUCGGUCCUGUCUCGGAUACGGAAAUGGAGUACACCAUCGACGUGUUCUUCCGCCAGAGCUGGAAGGACGAGCGGCUGUGCUUCGAAGGCCCCAUGAAGAUGCUGCCGCUCAACAACCUGCUGGCCAGCAACAUCUGGACGCCCGACACCUUCUUCCUCAACGGCAAGAAAUCCAUCGCGCACAACAUGACCACGCCCAACAAGCUGCUGAGGCUGCAGGACGACGGCACGCUGCUCUACACCAUGAGACUGACCAUAUCUGCAGAGUGCCCCAUGCAACUGGAGGACUUCCCCAUGGACGCGCACGCCUGUCCCCUCAAGUUCGGAAGCUACGCGUACCCGGUGUCGGAGGUGGUCUACACGUGGGACAAGGGUGCGGCCAAGUCGGUGGUGGUCGGCGAGGAGGGCUCCAGGCUCAACCAGUAUCACCUGAUCGGCCAGACGGCCGGCACCGAGGACAUCUCCACCAGCAGAGGUCAGUACACGGUGAUGAUGGCGCACUUCUACCUGAAGAGGAAGAUCGGCUACUUCGUCAUCCAGACGUACAUGCCGUGCUUCAUGACCGUCAUCCUGUCGCAAGUCUCCUUCUGGCUCAACCGCGAGUCCGUGCCCGCGCGCACCGUCUUCGCGCCCGAUGUCACUCGCGAGGCCACGCCCCUCAAAGGCACACAUCAAACACUUGCAUACGAUAGCGUCACCACGGUGUUGACCAUGACCACGCUCAGCAUCAGCGCCCGUAACUCGCUGCCCAAAGUGGCCUACGCCACCGCCAUGGACUGGUUCAUCGCCGUGUGCUACGCCUUCGUCUUCUCCGCCCUCAUCGAGUUCGCCACGGUCAACUACUUCACCAAGCGGAGCUGGGCCUGGGACGGCAAGAAGGCCAUGGAGGCCCAACAGCCCAAACGGAAGGACCCCUUGGCGCUGUCCAAGAAACCCAACAACGCCUGCGCCGCCGGCGUCAACUACACGGCCAACCUGAGCAAGGACGCGUCCGUGUCCACCAUUUCCAACAGCACCUCGGUGCUGCUCAAGCCGGCCCCCGAGUCCAAGGGCGCCGACCCCAAGAAGACGUACAACAGCGUCAGCAAGAUCGACAAGAUGUCCCGCAUCGUGUUCCCGGUGCUCUUCGGCACCUUCAACCUGGUCUACUGGGCCACCUAUCUCAACCGGGAGCCCGUCAUUAAAGGAGCCGUUUAGAUGGAACUGUCGGACGCACAAAAGCCGCCAAGCACUUAAACUUUGAACUUUUUCCUUUCCGCUCAUUCGUUGCAUGUUGCUUCAGCUACACAUAACCUUUCCUUCAGUACAAUGUUUUUCACAUUUCAGUAUUUGGAUUUUAUUAUCGUUCUCUCGGGAACAGGACGGAAGGCCGAGCGCAAAAGUACAGCAGGUUCAAAUGCUAGCCAGAAAAAUACAGUACCUUUUUUUUUUUUUUUUUUUUUGCCAUUUAGGUUUGAAGUGGGCAAUACCCAGGUUUUCUUCAAAAUGAACUUGUCCGAUGGCUACCAAAUGUAAACCACGUAAAAUUGCGAACAACUCAAGCAUGAAACGAGAAAAGCGAAUAACGCCACAAAUGUGAAAAUUCAGCCCCUCGAGCCAGUUGCACGGAACAACGUGAACUUUGGUGCACGUGCCUAUCAAGAGUAGACCAGCAAAAAAAGAUUGAUAGCUCGAAAUUGUGACCCUUUUUUUUUUGUCGUUGCUUUUGGGCGGAGCAUGGCAGCAAGGCCAAAUGGAAAAACUUACGAGUCCACAGCAGCUUGUGUAUACCUUUUUUGAAGAUUUGAUUAUUAUUAUUUAUUUUUUUUUUUUUUUUGUGCAAAUGAGGACGGGGUCACCAAGAAACAAUGGCAACCAAGCAACGUGUUUUGCCUUCAGAGUGCUUUUGGCCACCGAUGCACUCAUAACAUGUUCUGCUAAUAUUUUGACUUUUUUUUCUCUCUCUCUCGCUCUGAAAAUGUACUUUAUUCUUGAAAUGUUCUCCUUUUUUCAGGAUAAAAAUUGACAAGGAAUAGAACAGGUAUUUUAUUGUUUUUUUACUUGUUUUUUUCCUAAAAUUCCAAAUUAUGAUUGUACAUUUUUUUUUGUCCGCAUAAAAUCAGAUAACAGAUGAGAAACAUUUUAUGCCGUUUCAAUUAGAUUGUACUUAAUUUAAAUCCAGAUUUUGUUACGGUAAUAUGUUGCUUGAUUCUCAUAAAAUUCUGUUUUCAUUCUCAUUUUCUUUUUGGCGUGCCUUUAGCACUUAUUGGUACUUUUUGGCUUUCCACGUGGUCAUGCUUUUAAAUAAUAAAAUGUAUUAUUUAUGUAUAUUUCCAUUUAUUUAGCUCGCUAGUCUCGGAGUAGCUUUAGCUUUGCUAGAAUCCAGUGACACUUUGUUAUUUCUUGUUGUUUUUCUGAGUUUUGACCUUACAAGCAUUUGUUUCUGUCUCCUAAGAGUUAUGAAAUAUGAAUGCAAUUUAAAUGUCUCCUGAGUGGCCUGUCACCAUUUAAAAAAAAAAAAAAACAUGUACAAAAAUUUUGGGGGGACCACAUGUAUGUAUUCUACUUAUCACAUGAAAGUGCAUUUUGAAUAUGGGCUGUUCUUUAAAUGCAAAUAUCUAAAGCAAUAAAUAAUGCUUUCUUGGGAAAAAAGAGAUUAUUUUUC